AUGGCAGAUGAUAGUAGUGUUACUUCUGGGACCCAAGUUCCCACUACAGUGACCAAUACUAAUCAAAAUGAAUUUAACAAUACCUCUCAUCCUUACUUCAUCUCACCAUCAGACUCUCCUGGCACACUGCUAACCAAUGCAGUGUUUGAUGGUAGAAGUUUUGGUGGAUGGAAGAGAGGUAUAUGGAUAGCCUUGACAGCAAAAAAUAAAUCUGGCUUUGUUGAUGGUUCAUCCUCAGAACCAAGUGCAGGAACUGAUAAGCACAAAGCUUGGUCUAGGGCCAACAACAUGGUUAUUUCUUGGCUUUUAAAUUCUCUAUCUAGAGAAAUUUCAGAAAGUGUUCUAUAUUACUCUACUGCUAAAGAUAUCUGGACAGAUCUGGAAGCGAGAUUUGGCCAAAGCUCAGGUGCUAGGCUCUUUCAACUCCAAAAGGAGCUUAGUGACUUAACCCAAGGUGCUUCUGAUAUUGCUUCCUAUUUCACUAAGAUGAAACGUCUCUGGGAUGAGUUGGAUACCUUGGACUCUUUUUCACCAUGCCUUUGUGUUUGUUCCUGUGGAGCAAAAGAAAAAAAUAUCAAGUUCAAACAAAAUGAAAGAUUGCUUAAGUUUUUGAUGGGUUUGAAUGAUACUUAUUGUGGUGCAAGAGGAAAUAUUCUCAUGAUUUCACCUCUGCCCACUGUAUCAAAUGCCUAUGCACUACUAAUUCAGGAGGAAAAACAAAGAGAGGUCCAAAACACACCUAGAUUCCCAGGGGAAUCAUCCUCUUUUGUUGCUGCAAAUGCAAAUAAUGGAAACAAGACUUUUACUACUGAUUUUAGGACACAAAGGCAAACUUAUGAGAAUAAGAAAUCUAGGAUGGUUUGUAAAUAUUGCAAGAAAACAGGACAUCUGACUGAUAAGUGUUAUAAACUACAUGGUUUUCCCUCUAAUUUCAAGUUUACUAAGCAAAGGAAUUUUCAGAAUAAUGUACAAGGAAAUGUUGUCUCAUCAAAUGAUUAUUCUGGGGAAAUUUUUGCUAACAACACAGAUGAAGGAGUUCAGGGAAAACUCUUAUCUACUGAACAACUUGCUCAGGUUAUGCAGAUGCUGCAACACAUGAACAAAGGUGAUCAGGGUUCUACCUCUGAAGUCACUGCAUCUGCCAACUGCACUGGUAUAAAAUUCACUCCUUGUCCAUUUUCUUUAAAUUCCAAAAUGUAUUCCAAGGUCAAUCAUAGAUUAUUCACAAAACAUAGUUGGAUCAUAGACUCGGGUGCAACAGAACACAUGAGCUAUAACAAAGAAUAUUUCUUUAAUCUUAUGCCUCUGCCUAAGUCCAUUACUGUUAGUUUACCCAAUUCUCAAAAGGUUAAGGGCCCUUCAAUGAAGAGCCCAAUAAUGCAGCUUGGUGAAGAACAAAAUGGCCUCUAUGUCCUCAAAGAUAGAAUUUCAGCUGUUCCAGCUUCUAGCAGUCUUAUUUCUAGUCUUUCUAGUUCUAAAUUUUAUUCAAAGAAGGAUAUAUCAUCCACUCUAUCUUGCAGUUCAAUUUCUGAUGUUCAAAGCUAA